AUGCCAGCAUUGCCAUUCCUUCCGAAUGAAAUAUGGUUUCGCAUCGCCGACCUUAUCGAACUUAAUGAUCGUCAUCUUCAUGGGAUCAUCGGGAUGAACCGUCCAUUCUUUGAACUUGCGAUGGACAAACUGUAUCGCAAGGUCCGUCUCACCGACGGCCGCGAAGACUCAGUAUUCUUGGACAAAAUGAUUGGCAACCUACUAGGAUUUAGAGGUUUGGUCAAGGAGUUGUUCUUCCCAAGCAUCCCCUCGCCCGAGGAACAAACAGAACGUCUGUUCCACGCACUCUCGUGUCUCAGACACCUCGAAGAGCUCACCUUUCAAGAUGGCCCAAGUUAUGAUCUUCACAAUGCCAGUGAAAGAUGGAAUUCAUUCCUUUUUACGCUCACUCCUCUUCUAUGGAGGACCAUUGGAGAAAAUUUGUCAACUUUGGACGUUGGCGUAUGGAGCCUGGGCCCUAGACUUGCUGAAACAUUACUACAUUCUCCCGGACUCUUCAGCAAGGUCACACAUUUGAAGCUCCAUCUCCACUGGUACAAUCUUGUCACCCCCACAGCCCCCUUUUUGUCUUUCAUUGACAGUCUGUGCCCAGCUGUUGAAUCACUUAUGGUCGUUGUCGUCAAUUCAAAUCAUGCCUCGGCAUUCUAUGUUGAUGAUCCCCUACUUGCUGACUCGGAAUUUGUAACUCAAAGCAAUUUCAAAGUCCGAGCUGUCAUGGUCCAUGAUGAUACAAAUCAUUGCUUGAAGUGGAAAUGCUUGGAGCGUUUACUCCAAAAUAAUCCAAAAAUCCAGGAACCUCAAAUACGGAAUAGCUAUGCUUAUAUCUGUUGGAUGUAG